AUGGGGAUGAUCACUCAGUGUUUAACAGCUCUCUGCUGUGUUCAGCAUGAAGAGCAAGGAAUGCCCCUGUUGUCAUUUUGCUCCAGCAAAAAAUGUAACAUCCUACAUGUAAACCUUAUCACUUGUGUCACAGUCUACGACUUACAUUUCAGAUAUUUCCAGAAAGCAUUAGACCACGAUAAUCGGUGGAAUGUUAAAGAUAGUAAAAUAAUAUCCAUAUAUUUCUAUCAUCUAUCAUCUAUCUGUCUGUUUAUCUGUCUGUCUAUCUAUCUAUCUAUCUAUCUAUCUAUCUAUCUAUCUAUCUAUCUAUCUAUCUAUCUAUCAUCUAACUAUGUAUCCAUCCACCUAUAUAUUAUGUAUCUAUCAUCUCUCAUAUAUAUACUCUAUCUGUAUCUGUAUCUCUAUAUCUAUAUCUAUUUUUCUGUCAUUUAUUUAUCCAACUAUUUAGCUUCUAUCUACCAUAAUCUAUCUAUUCUAUUUAUCAUCCAUCUAUCAUUUAUCAUGUAUCUAUCAUUCUAUUAUCUAUCACUUGUCUACUAUCAUCUAUCUAAUACAUCUAUUUUGUCUAUCAUUUAUCUCUCUGUUCAUCAUCUACCUAUAUAUCUAUCAUCUUGUUAUCAUGUAACUGUUUAUCAUCUAUCUGUUUUUCUUAUAUCUACUAUCAUAUAUUAUCUAUCUAUCUUAUCUACAUAUCAUCUAUCUAUCUAUCUAUCUAUCUAUCUAUCUAUCAUCUAUUUAUGUGUUGGCAAAGUUAACCGAAGUUAUCGUUCUAAACUUAGAAAAAAGUUAUUCUUCUAA